AUCCCUGUUGGUAUUCUGUAUGUUAGGUUUUGAUAAUGAUUUAUUUUGUAAUUCGUGUUCAAAACAUACAAGAAAUUUUUAGGUUAUAUUUUGAGGGAAUACUUAUAAUUGAUUAUAUAUAUGAUUAGUAGUUAAAGUAGAAAUACUUAUAGUUUUUACUAAGAUAAUCAUGUUGCUUCUACUUCUUAAAUUAUUAUAAUAAAAGCCUUCUAUUUAUAAAAUUCUUCAUCUCAAAUAAAUCUUUUUUAAAUAUUUUUAACGUUCUACUUGAUUAAAAUUACGGUAUUAGAAUAUGAUUAUUUGUUCUUUAAAAAUGACCUAACUUACUGUACCGCAGUGUUUAUGAAAAAAAUCAGGUGCUAACUAUAUUAUCUUGAAAACCAUUAUUCCACAUUAUUCUGACUAUGGAUACUAUUGACGAUAAAAGAAACAAAUUUGAAUCAAAAAUCCAAAUUGGGAGUGAACUUCUUUCUUCACUGAGUUCAUAUCAACAAGUUGGUGGAAUCUUAAAACUGGAAAAAAAGAUACGGCAGGAGCUGCUGUUUUUGAAUAAGGUAGUUACUAGUGGAAUCAUGAAAAAUGAACAUCUACUCAGCUCAAACAUUCACCAUUUCUCUUCAUUAGUGGCUUGCAUUUUGCAAUCAGCCAACGUUAUUGCUGUUCUAGAGACUCUGUCCUAUGUCAACGAGAACGACAUAAGGUGUAAGCUAUGUGUUGACAUAGUUGCUGAUAAGGGACAUAGGUGGAUCAAGGUUAUCGCUAGAAAUCCAAAAGCGCUUAGUCAAGUAUCUGUGGGAGAUGCGGAAUAUGGUCAGAAAUCAAUCAUUGAUCAUGCAAUUGAAUAUCUAACAUGUGCUAGACAAAAUCUUCAUUUAUUUGAACCCCCGCAGGUUUGCUUCAAUUUCACGAAUGGUAUAUGCAUAGAACUUGCUGAUGAGUUGUCUGCAAUGGGAAUUGAUGUGAUUGGAACCAGGAUAGUUAUCACUAAGUCAAAAAAUGAUGACAGCAACGAUAAUAUCUUAGUAUCCAAUGAAGAUUCCAUCUCAAGCUGCUCUUGUGAUCCUGAAAAUAAUAUUUCUACUAGUAAUCAGAUAAUAAAACGGAAUGAAAGUAUUAAAAAGAUAAAUCUGGAUGUGACGACUUUAAUAGCGUACGUUUCAUCUUUAACAAAUGGUGGAGAAAAUUGGAUUUUCAAAGAGCCUUUGUUGAAUCAACAAGCUGUUUGGGAGAGAGAGCGUCCAGUGAAACCAAUAUUAGAUGAAAUCCUAGAAGGUAGGGAGUACAUCUGCUGCCGAACUGCUCAUAACGAAUUCGUAGAGAUAAUGAGGGUACUAGGUGGGCCUUCUGAGAAGGCUAGAGCGGAAGACCUUUUAAAGAAUGUUCAAAUAGUAGACGAUGUUCCAUUUCCUGGCUUGAAAUUAUGUGGCAAAAUUAAACAAAGAUCUAGUUUAAUAUUCGGGACAGGACAUCAUCACAAAGUAGUCACUGUCACUGCUAACAAAGGAUUUUUGAGAGCCGCCAAGUUACAGGGAUUCAAUAUUGCUGCUUUCAUCCACGAAUCAAGAGCGUUAACAGAAAUAAAACAAAGUUCAAUUUUUGUUCCUGCGUGUUCAUGAUUAUGUUUGCUUUUUGUUUUACGAGAGCUCAUCUCUCAAGUAUUUUUAGCUAAAUAAUCGAUAUAGGAAGUUAUCAUCGUAGUUUCUUCAAAUUGUUAUUUUUUUUCUAUUGAGAUAUAUCUAUUAAACAAUGAAAUCUUGUUAAGAAAACCAA